UGCUCACGCACGCACACCCCCGUUCCUCUACAGCGAUCGUCUCUUAUCUCCUCCUCUCCCUCCCAAUCUCUCUCUCUCUCUCUCUACGAGGUCUCGAUCUCGAUCCCGAUACAAUGGCCUCCACCGUUCUCUCCGCGCCCUUCCCCUCCGCGGUGGAUCUCCGCGGACGAUCUCCGAUGAUCGGAGUCCCAAAGAAUGGAGGAGACCAUCUUUUGCUCAAGGGAAAGGGCUUUGGUCGUGUUAGAAUGUCUGUUGCUGUAAAUUUAUCUCGUUUCGAGGGCGUGACAAUGGCCCCUCCAGAUCCGAUUCUUGGUGUAUCAGAAGCAUUCAAAGCAGACACAAACGAGUUGAAACUCAACCUUGGUGUUGGAGCCUACAGGACUGAGGAAUUACAACCUUAUGUGCUAAAUGUAGUUAAGAAGGCAGAAAAACUUAUGCUAGAGAGAGGAGAGAACAAGGAGUAUCUUCCAAUUGAAGGUCUUGCUGCAUUUAACAAGGUGACUGCGGAGCUAUUACUUGGAGCAGAUAAUCCUGUCAUCAAGCAAGGAAAAGUUGCUACCGUUCAAGGUCUUUCAGGAACUGGAUCUCUACGCCUUGCUGCGGCAUUCAUACAAAGAUACUUCCCUGAAGCAAAAGCUUUAAUAUCGUCACCAACUUGGGGUAAUCACAAGAACAUCUUCAAUGAUGCCAGGGUCCCUUGGUCUGAGUAUCGCUAUUACGAUCCAAGAACUGUCGGACUGGAUUUUGAAGGAAUGAUUGCAGACAUAAAGGCUGCACCGGAUGGUUCUUUUGUUGUGCUACAUGGUUGCGCUCACAACCCAACAGGUAUAGAUCCAACUCCUGAACAGUGGGAAAAAAUAGCGGAUGUCGUUCAAGAGAAGAACCACAUCCCUUUCUUUGAUGUUGCCUACCAGGGAUUUGCCAGCGGAAGCCUUGAUACAGAUGCUUUCUCUGUUAGGCUGUUUGUUGAGCGUGGUUUGGAACUUCUCGUUGCUCAAUCCUACAGUAAAAACUUAGGAUUAUAUGCUGAAAGGAUUGGAGCAGUAAACUUCGUUUGCUCAGCUUCGGAUGUUACUGAUAGGGUAAAGAGUCAGCUGAAACGACUGGCACGGCCAAUGUACUCGAACCCUCCUGUUCACGGCGCCAGAAUAGUUGCUAAUGUUGUCGGAGAUCCAACUCUUUUCGAUGAAUGGAAGCAAGAGAUGGAACAAAUGGCGGGUCGAAUCAAGCAUGUUAGGCAGAGGCUCUAUGAUAGCCUCUCCCAGAAGGACAAGAGUGGGAAGGACUGGUCCUUCAUUCUGAAGCAGAUCGGCAUGUUCUCAUUCACCGGCCUAAACAAAGCACAGAGCGACAAUAUGACAAACAAAUGGCAUGUGUACAUGACCAAGGAUGGAAGAAUUUCUUUGGCUGGGCUAUCUUUGUCGAAAUGCGAGUACCUUGCUGAUGCCAUCAUUGAUUCAUUCCAUAAUGUGAGCUAGAAAAAUUUGAAUCUCCUACUUCCUUUUUUUCUGUAUUCACAGCAAUGCUGGGAUUUUCCGGUCUUCUUCCAGCUUGAGUUAAGCCUAAGAUAGUAAGCUUUAGAUUUAGGUACCUGCAGGCAUUUAUGUAUUGUGAAAUAAGUGCUUCUAACCAGAGUAUAUUAUAUUACAUUCAAUUUGUAAUAAUAUCAACUAGAGCACUGAUUAUUCAGAUGAUUUACGAAA